GAGUUUAUCAUACUCAUGGCUGUGAUUCUCUCGCAACAGAGUGAACUCAAUGCUUACAGUCAAGAAGUCAUUAGUGUUCUUGGGGAAAUUGAUCUCAUGCUGGAGAAGCUUCCCGAAUGGGCUGCUGCGACACCAGCCAGGAAGAACCUGCUCACCAUGCUGGACGAGGCCUACAUUCAGCCUGAGCCCCUGGGGGUUGUGCUGAUCAUCGGAGCCUGGAACUACCCAUUUGUUCUCACCAUCCAGCCUCUGAUAGGCGCCAUCGCUGCAGGAAAUGCUGUGAUUGUCAAGCCUUCUGAAAUCAGUGAAAAUACAGCCACUACCUUGGCCGAGCUCCUCCCUCAGUACCUAGACCAGGACCUAUACGCUGUCAUUAACGGUGGUGUCGAGGAAACCACAGAGCUUCUGAAGCAUCGAUUUGACCACAUUCUUUACACGGGAAACGCCACUGUUGGAAAAAUUGUCAUGGAAGCUGCGGCCAAGCACCUGACCCCCGUGACUCUCGAACUGGGAGGGAAGAGUCCGUGCUACGUUGACAGAGACUGUGACCUGGACGUCGCCUGCAGACGCAUCGCCUGGGGGAAGUACAUGAACUGCGGCCAGACCUGCAUCGCCCCCGACUACGUCCUCUGUGAGCCGGCCCUCCAGGACCAAAUCGUGCAGAAGAUGAAGGAUGCCGUGAAGGAAUUUUAUGGAGAAAAUAUAAAAGAGUCUCCUGACUACGAGAGGAUCAUCAACCUCCGCCACUUUAAGAGGAUUCUGAGUUUGCUGGAAGGACAGAAGGUGGCGUUCGGCGGGGAGACCGACGAGGCCACGCGCUACAUAGCCCCAACAAUACUCACUGACGUUGAUCCUGGAAGCAAAGUGAUGCAGGAAGAAAUUUUUGGACCAGUUCUUCCGAUAGUGCCCGUGAAGAGCGCCGAGGAGGCCGUGCGGUUCAUCAAUGAGCGGGAGAAGCCCCUGGCUCUCUACAUAUUUUCUCAGGACAAUAAGCUCACCAAGUGGCUGAUCGACCACACGUCCAGCGGGGGUGUCACCGGCAACGACGUGAUCAUGCACUUCAUGCUCAGCUCCCUGCCCUUCGGAGGAGUGGGUUCCAGCGGGAUGGGAGCUUAUCACGGGAAGUACAGCUUCGAUACCUUUUCUCAUCAGCGUCCCUGUUUAUUAAAAAGCUUAAAGAGAGAAGGUGCUAACAAACUCAGAUACCCUCCCAACAGCCCGUCGAAGGUGGACUGGGCAAAGUUCUUCUUGUUGAGACGGUUCAGCAGAGGGAAGCUGCGCCUCCUGUUACUCACACUCCUGGGCGUCCUGGUGGCCGUGCUCAUCAAGACAUUGGUCUCAGGCAUCUUCUUGGUCAGGAUGGAAUUUCUCAGCCUCCUGGAAAACUCAGUGGUCCAGGCAGGCGUGCUCCGCAGACUGGCCACGUUCCCAGGAAGGCCCCGCAGGCUGGACACUGCUGAAGAGCGAUCCUGUUCCACCUCCUCAUCUCUACUGAAUUAUUCUUCUUUUAAAUAAUUAAUGAGCCAAUGAUUUUUAAAUCCUACCAAAAAUAGAAAGUAUGCAAAUGCACUGUAAUUGAACCUAAAAGUCAUUGCCACUCACCAUUAAUCAAACCUGCCAUCUCAACCAAGCCCCAGCACUCCCCACCAGAAGCGAGGGUGCUCUGAGGAUCCGCAUUCCACGGUGCUCCCCAGAUCCUGGAGCUCUGGGCUGGGGAGGAGAGCAUGCUGGGUAAACCCCAGCUCCAGAACCUGCUCCGUGACUCCUGCACUCCAGUUGACGGAACAUGGGACCCCUGCCCCCACUGGCAUUGCUCUGUGAAGCCGUCCAGAGCUCAGCUGUCCAGGGUCCAGAGCUCAGCUGUCCAGGGACGUGAGGCGAGGUCUUUCCAGCCCCGCAUGAGGUUCGAGGACUAGGAGUGGGGGGUGGGGACGUGGGGACGUGGGUCCCUGUCCCUCACCUGCUGAGACUUGACCUGUCCUGCAGGAGGCGGCCCUCCUUUCUCGUCCAUUCUCCGUCCUGCCUUGUGUUUGUGACCAUCCGUUGUGGGGUCCACUGUGACUGAUGUCCCUCAAAGCAUCUUGUAAAUCCUCGGGUCUCCUGGAAGACAGUUGCCAAUUUCAUGCAAGUGUCACCUGUCAUUUUUAUGGUGCCGAAGUUGCAGAAUUCUGCCCCUUAUUAAAACCUAAAUGGCAUUUUUUUCAUGUUGUAAUCAAGGUACUUACAAUAGUACUUACCCUUCAUAGGGCCUUAAAGUUGCAAGUUAGUGGGUCUUCAAGGACAAAUCUUUGUUUCUUAUUUCUGUAGCACAAGGGAAGUGAAUUUCACUUUUUUAAACUUGAGAGCAAGCUUCUGAAUAGAUUGGGUCCACAGAACUUACCGAGGGGACUAUCUCCCAUCGUGCCAGGAGGUCUUGGAUAGUCACCACUGCAGCCUGAGAGCCUCAGGGGGCGGGGGGGGUCUCCUGGCUGCAGGGCCCCCUCCCCGCCCUGAACACUCAGCAAGAGAACGUAGCUCACCUUCCACUGCGUGUAAUCGGCUCUGUGGAAUGAAUCUGUUCCAUUACCGCUGCCUGAAGCAUGUCACGUCUUCAUCACGGGGUGAGGUGUCAGGAAUUAAUCACUAGGCUAGUUUAGGGAAAAUCUGCUUAAACAUGGCUUUCACUAUCAGAAUAAUCAAUCAUAAAAUGUCUUAAACGUCAAAAUGGAAUUUUUGUUUGGUAUACUAAAUUGUACAUUACAAUUUCUAGUUAAAUUAAAUUAUUGGCUUGUCUAGUAUAUUUCUGCUUCAAAAUAAAUAUAUUUGAUAAAAUUGG